UGGGACCAUGUGAUCAAAACAGUGUCAUGGCGGCUGCCGCUGCGGUCCGAUCAAGCAUGGGUCUGACUUUGACACUUUCUCGGGUUAUACCGGGGUGUGGCACUUGUCACCUGUACAGGCUGAACAGCUGUGUCGGUGGUUUGGCUGGUGCGUCACGGACAGGACAGCUCCAUCGUUUUGGGACACUAACCCGACACCUGCACUCGACCACAGGUCUUAACCACAGUGAGGAGGGGAGCUCUAAUGCGGAGGACCCCGAGGAUGUGGUCAAUGUGGUAUAUAUAGAUCGGUCUGGCCAGAGGAUCCCAGUGAAGGCCAAAGUGGGAGACAAUGUGCUGUACCUGGCUCACAGGCAUGGGAUUGAACUAGAGGGAGCCUGUGAGGCAUCACUAGCCUGCUCAACUUGCCAUGUCUACGUGAGCAGUGACCAUUUUAAUAAACUACCAGAACCUGAUGAAAGGGAAGAUGACAUGCUGGACAUGGCACCCAUGCUUCAGGAGAACUCCAGGCUAGGGUGCCAGAUCAUUCUUACCCCAGAGCUCGAGGGCAUUGAGCUCACCUUGCCCACGGUCACAAGGAACUUCUACGUUGACGGUCAUGUCCCCAAACCCCACUGAGGCUUGUGAAGAGAGGGGGGGCGAGAAAGACAAGAGGGUGUAGUCGCUAGCUAGCCGCACUGUGCACUGGUUUGGUGAGGUGGAGACUGAGAAGGGGUGCACGGCCUAUAGCAACUCCCAAGAAGCUGUCUGCCGACUGAGAAUUAACCAAUGACAGGACAGGCAGAUAAAACAGACCAGACAAGAGUCAACUUUUGUACCAAUCUCUUCAAAAUUGGAAUGAGUGGUUUCCUCCUUGAAGAACUGUAAUGGUUUAACUGCCAUUGUGUUUGUUUAUAUAUAAUGAAGAAUUCUCAGGCUCGGAUUGAUCGCCAUUCAGUCCCGCAAACUGUUAUUUGUCAAAUCCUCAGAGGGUUUAAGAGAUAGUAUUCCUGUUUUUUGUUACACAUUUCAGAGCAACAUUUUAGCAAAGUCCAUCUUUAUGUCUUUGAAUGGAACAUUCCAUGUUACAGCUCUUAUACGCACAAAUAUCAACAGAAUAUGUUCUCAUUUAUGCUAGUCCAAUUUUAAUCACCUUGAAACACCUUAUCACUGACAUAGUAGGCAUAGCAUUCACUAUAACUAUAAAUGUGUUGGAGCUGAGAUCAUUUGUAGGUGCGUGGUGGCUUGUCAGCAGCUACCCCACUCACUCUAGUUGAACCUUAUUCAUCAGCCAGCAAAGUGCUUUCACCUGCAUGGUACUGAACCCAGACCUAAUGACCAGUACAGCCAUAGAGGAUAACGUGUUGUAUUUGCAAGCCACCAGCUUAAAAUUACCUGAGGCUCAGAGGCUGGGUUUUCAACCAAAAACAUACCACCAAAACCUGGAUCAUUGUCAAGAUUUGAAUCAUUGUCUUUAAAAGACGUUUCCUCACACCCAGGGGUGACCUCAUGUUUCAACUGUGAAAUUCAUUUUGCCUUUCACCCCAACACUGGUUUUGUCACAACACAUGUGAAAUUCCUGUCAAAGUCCAUAACACUCAGAUGUUGACUCGCAGCACUUGAGCUCUGGUGACAGUGAACCAAGGCUAGAUUAGUUGGGUGGUUCAGAUGUACCAGAUCAUAACUGAGGGAUAGAGAAGAGACUGGAGAUAAUGCGCUCUGUGCUAACUUGGAUUGCGUUUACUCUUUAUACCCAUCACUUACUAGGUCUACUGUAACUGUCCAACAUACGCACAAAUGUAAGUGUAUAUUUAUGGCAUUUCUUUAAUUUGCAAAUACUUGAAGUUGUGCAAUAAAAUCAGUUUUAAGCA